AUGUUCGCGUCCAAAUCCAGCUAUAAAAGCUCACAGACGCGAUUUAAUUUACUACUUCUUGAAGAUGGCGAGUUUUUCCUUGAUGAUUUUAGCGUGCAUCGCUAUUUGGAGCCACAUCCCGACGCUCAUCGCAAGGUACAGGGUCGACUAAAAACUGGAACUCGAGGGUUUUUCUUCGAGCCACAAGACAGUAAUCUGCCAAUAUUGAGAUUUUUCUUUCGAGAUAUGAAAGAAAUGCCUCUAGCCGAGCUGCACAACAAUUCAGAAACUGGAGAUUGUGCCAUUCUCUUAGCGUUUAAGAUCUCGUCUGUGGUGGAGAUGAAAGAAAGAGGAGUGGAUCACCCAUAUGUUCAAAAAGAGACAAAUGCAAGUACAGGAAUUCCCGAAAAGUACAUGUUUUCAUUAUUACAUUCCAAAAUUGAAGAGUUUUUGAAAAAUGUGCGGCCGAUUUGGGAACUUGCACACAAGAAAAAUGUCAUGAACAAGAUGGAUGAAGAAGUGAUGCUGGAACCAAUUUUGACAUUGAGACAAAUAGACCAGUUUGAUUCGAGUUUGUUGGUGGAUUUUCGUGAACGUCCAUUAUUAACAAAAGGAAGGUUAGUCGAUCGAAUAGUGCCGCUUUUGAAGUAUCCGGGAUGUUUAAUGUUGACGAAUCAACGAUUGUAUUUUCAACCAGCUCAAGUGAAUAAUGUCGGCGAUCCGGUGCUAAAUUGGGCGUACGACACGAUCGAGUAUCUUUACAAGCGACGUCACAUGCUUAGACAGACCGGCUUGGAAAUUUUUUUAAAAAAUGGCGAGAGCUUUUUUUUUAGCUUUCGAAAUCACUAUGAUCGUGACGAAGUCUACGAUAUGAUGGUCAAUCAGCCAAAUUUAAAACGUUUGCAGCAGACUGAUAUCGAGUCGAUGCUGCGCAAGUGGCAACAGCGUGAGGUUUCGAACUAUGAUUACCUUGUUUAUCUGAACAAUGCCGCAGGGCGGACGCAAAACGACCUGACACAAUACCCAGUGUUUCCGUGGAUCUUAAAUGAUUAUCAGAGUCCAUCAAUUGACUUGUCAGACCCUGCAGUGUAUCGUGAUCUAUCGAGACCCAUUGGAGCACUUAACGAAGAACGUCUACAGUUUUACAAAGCACGUUAUGAAGCUAUGCCACGUGGAAUGGAACACGAAGGGCUGCCACCGCCUUUUUUAUAUGGGACACACUAUUCCACUCCUGGAUACGUGCUCUACUAUUUCGUACGCAUGGCUCCUGAAUACAUGCUUUGUCUUCAGAAUGGCAAGUUUGACGCACCAGAUCGACUAUUCCAGAGCAUUCCGAGCACCUGGAGUAGCUGCAAUACAAAUCAUGCUGACCUGAAAGAACUUGUUCCUGCAUUUUUUGACGAAUCGCUGCCACCAGACGAAUGGCUUUGUAAUGGAAAAAAUCUUGAUCUUGGGACCACUCAGAAGCUAACUAGGGUUGGCGAUGUAGAACUACCUGCAUGGGCAUCCAGUCCGACUGCCUUUGUUCGAAUGAAUCGGGAAGCUCUUGAGAGUGAAUAUGUGUCAGAACACCUUCACGAGUGGAUUGAUUUGAUCUUUGGGUACAAGCAGCGAGGAGAAGCAGCCAUUGACGCAAACAACUUGUUCUAUUAUUUGUCUUAUGAAGGCUCAGUCGAUCUCGAGACGAUAACAGAUCCGGUGGAGAAAUGUUCCUUAGAAGCCCAAAUUCAAGAAUUUGGUCAAACGCCGAAACUCCUCUUUUCUGAAGCUCACCCUUCUCGAAACGAAAUUGGCAAGGCCGUGGUUAUUGCUACUCCAGACUUAAUGCCGUCAAAAAGCUCAUCAAGCAGUGCAACGAAUAACAUGUCGGUUUUAGGUAAAGUCGAAAACCGUAUGGAAGAAGACAGUGUGCUAGACGAAAACAACACGUCUGACGAUGAUAGCGAGGAAGCAACAACAGCCAAUCGACUUGGCAUGUUUGCAUUCCGAACUCGUUCAUUUACUGCAGUUCCAAAGCAAGCACAGCGUUUUGUUGGAGGAAUCACAGCUCAAAUUCGUCGACGCAUGAGUGUCGAAUCAUCGCAGCGCUGGAAUUGGACGUUAGGUACAAAUGGUGAUUUAUCAUCGUGGGAACCAUCGGCGCACUUCAUGCUGCACUCGAGCGAGGUGACAUCGCUUGUAUUAGGAAAAGAUGGCCGUGCAUUGUUCUCUACAUCGAAGGAUUCGACAUUUAAAGUCACGGCAACACUGGAUGGCACGUUGCGACGGAAUCUUUCGUGUAAUUUGGCACUUUCCUGCUGUGAUGUAUCGAAUGACGAGAAAUAUGUUUUCAUCGGAUCUUGGGACAAUUGCAUCUACAUGUACUCGAUGGACAUUGGACGUGUCAUUGACCAAAUCACAGCGCAUGACGACGGUGUCUCAGCUAUCUGUGUCUUUGAAGAUCGAAUUUUGUCGAGUUCGUGGGACGGCUCAAUAAAAAUCUGGCAUUUUACGCCAAAAGGAAUAGCCACGGCGCCAUUGUUGACUUAUAUGGAGUGUGAAGAGUCUGUAGUCAAACUUUGCAUAAGUGCAGAUGGCUUGGUGGGUGCUGCUGCUACAAGAAAUGGAAUCGUGUACUUGAUCAACUUACGCACUGGUGAACUAUUGCGAAAACUAUUCGCAAGUCCCAUUCAUCAUGCAGAAAUCUGUGGCUUGACUUUUUGUGGUGGGACCACCACAGUCGCUUGUAUGACCACAGCAAACGAGCUUUCGGUCUAUCAAACAGAUGGCACGCGUAUGAUUACUAUCAGCGUUGAUGCUGAUGGACCCAUUCGGUGUUUUGACUCGGAUGGUGGAUAUGCAGUGGGAGGAACAUCAACGGGCAAGCUUUUGUUUUGGAAGCUAGAUGAGCCAGUAGGUCGAGAACAGGUGCUUGAAAUUCCAAAAGCGCAUGCUGAGGGUAUUUCUGCGCUUAUCGUAAGUCCGUAUGGUACUGCUCUCGCGUCAGCAUCGGCCGAUGGUGGAAUUCGCAUCUGGCAAUUGCGUCGCAAGGCAGUUCCUCGAGGUCGGCUCGCCACUUUUUUCUGA